AUGGCCAAAUGUGUAUCACUGGAUAAUCCAAAUGUACUACCAGAAAUAUGUUUCCAUUUAUCCAGCCAUGAUAGAAAUCUUUAUAAGUAUCUGAUAUUUUCAUUACUUGUGCUCGAGAGUGGUUUCAGCAUUGCAUCCUUAAAACGGAUAUCUUUACCAGGAGGAGAGAUAUGGAGGCUCCCCGCAGAGCAGAGAGGCAGGAGGCUGAUCCUGGUGACUGAGCAGGGAGCAGUGGGGGACAUGAGGGCGUUGCUCGCCGUGGGGGCCGACGUGGGGGCGAGGGGUGGGGCGAGGGGGUGGACUGUCCUGCACGUCGCAGCAUCCAGUGGAGACGUCGAGGCGACACGGCUGCUGGUGGAUGCGGGGGCGGCAGUGGACGCCAGGAUCACCUGGCAGCAGUGGACACCUCUGUGUGUGGCUGCGGAGAGGGACAGAGCCGCUGUGGCGCGGCUGCUGUUGCGGGCUAACGCCGACCACAAGGCCAGGGAUGGCAGUGGGUGGACGCCGCUGCACUUGGCUGCACGCUGUGGCAACGCAGAAGUGGCGGCUGCCCUGCUCCAGGCGGGGGCCGAAAGGGAUGCCACAACUGGUGACAGUGGGGCCACAGCAGUGGACCUCGUCAGGGAGAACAAGGACAGUCGGCUGAUGGAGAUGCUGUCAUGA